AUGUAAAUUCCUUAAGCUUUGACUGAGCAUAAUGCUCAAGAGAAAUAAAAAGAAUAUUAUUAAUUAAGAGAAUCUGAAGCAAAGAAAGCUUUCUCAAAAUUUGGUUAACUCUUUCAUAUAAGAUAUAAUAGAGUAAAUUUGUUUUACUUAAUUUUAUUCAUCAAAUUCUUUCUAAAAGAAGAUUGUUUUCAAAGGUCAAGAAGUACCAUUUCUAAGUAAUUAAUGAUUAAACUUCUUCAUAUGAUAAUAUUGGCUUUAAAAAAUAUGCAAUUACGAUUAAGUCCUUUUAUAUAAAGUUUAUAAGAGAAUAUAUUUGCUCAUUUAUGGAAUUAAGAGUAAAAAAUAUAUUUAUAUUUCUUAUAGAAAAAGUUAUUAGCUUAUGUAAUGAACUAAAAUAUUUAGGUUAUAAAUGAAUUCAUUGAAAGCCAUGUUGAAAAAUCUUAAUAAAGAAUUCUUCUUCAAAUAUUAGAAAAUGUCAACAUUAUUUAAUAUAGAAAAAACAAGAUUUAACAUAUCAAAUAUAUUUAUUAGAAAUAAAAUUAUUUAUUAAUUGGGAUUUUUUGAACUCAAACUUAAAAUGCUAUUACAAACAGAAUUUAAUAUACUUUUAGAUUCAUAAAAAUCUUAUAAAUAUUUUAAACCUAAAGAUAACCUUUUUUCAUUUUUAUACAGGACAAGAAUAUCAAUCCAACACAAGAAAGGAGAAUAAUGA